AUGACGGACCUAGAUAACAGCCUACCAAUCGUCCUCUACCACUAUUACUACUCGCCUUACGCCCAGAGAGUAGUUUGGUAUCUCAACCUCCGCGGCAUCCCAUACAGCCAAUGUCUCCAACCGCCCAUCAUGCCCCGCCCAGACCUCGCCAGGCUGGGCGUCAACCACCGGCGCAUCCCCAUCCUCUCCAUCGGGCGCGACGUCUACCUCGACACGCGCCUCAUCAUCGACAAGCUCGAGCAGGCGACCGACCUGCCCUGCGCCCGGGGCCCGCUCGGCAGCCCGGCCGGCGGCGGCGGCGGCGGCAAGGCGUCGUCGCCCGAGCACCGCGCCCUCGAGCAGCUGCUGCGCAUCUUCGUCGUCGACGGCGGCGUCUUCGCCCGCGCCGCGCAGCUCAUCCCGCACGACCUGCCGCUCAUGCGCGACCGGCGCUUCGUGCGCGACCGCAACGCCUUCUUCCCGGGCGGCGUGGCGCCGCGGGAGCUGCAGCCCGAGGCGCUGACCGAGGUCCAGGCCGCGAUGCGGCUGCUCGAGUCGACGCUGCUGUCCGACGGCCGGGCGUGGCUGCUCGGCGGCGGCGGCGGCGGCGGCGGCGGCGGCGCCGAGGAGGAGGCCGAGGGCCCGAGCCUCGCGGACCUCGAGGCCGUCUGGCCGCUCGUCUGGCUGACGACGCUGCCGGGCGCCUUGCCCGCCGACCGCGUCUCGGCGGCGCAGUACCCGCGCGUGUGGGCCUGGAUGGACCGCUUCAAGGCGGCGGUCAAGCGGGCCGCGCCGGGGGGGAAGCCGCCCACGAUCAAGGGGGAGCAGGCGGCCGAGGCGGUCGUCAACUCGCCGUUCCGGGAGGCCUCGGGCGCCAUCGACGGGGACGACGCGACGGUCCGGGCGGACGGCUUGGCCAAGGGCCAGGUGGUGACGGUGUGGCCGCUCGACUCGGGCUCCUCGGGCAGGGACGUGGGCAGGCUGGUGAGCAUCGACGAGAGGGAGGUCGUCAUCGAGGUGGACGUGCCGGGCUCGUCCUCAGGGGCGAGCGUGCGGGUCCACGCACCGCGGCGUGGGUUUAGGGUCCGGCCUCAUGUCGCUGAGCCGGCGGCUGCUAACCUGUGA